AUGGCGUCUGCAGUGGCAACGAACGGGGCGGUGGCCUCAGCGCCGAACGGUGUAAUGGCCUUAUAUUGGGAGCUGGCCUCCGUCGACCCGGCCGUGCGUCAGACCGCUGCAGAGUCCCUGGUACGCUCGCUCAACACAUUUCAGCAAGAGCACGACAGUACGCAUACCACGAGACCGGCGGAACUGACAGAAUCGAAUCUAGAGGAGUUUUGCGCUCAGGACGUUGUGUAUGGACUGAAACGUCUCUUGCGAGGAUUGCCAUCCUCAAGAGACGGGGCGAGGCAAGGAUUUGCUGUAGCUCUCACCGAGCUCUUGCGCCAACUUGAAUUCCUUACUGCAGGCACGAUCUUAGCACUUCUGACAAAGUUAACUCAAACGGAGGGAGCGAAAGGACAGGAGGAGAGGGAGAUUCUUUUCGGAAGGAUAUUCGGUCUGAUGGCGAUAUGUCAGGCUGGGAUGAUCUCUCGCGCUUCGACAACAAUUGAGGACGUUCAGACGAUUGUGACAAGCCUGCUGAAAUACGCCUCCAGCAAAUCAUACCUGAGGGAAACCUGUUUCUGCGUAUUGAUUACAAUGUCAGAAGAGCUGACAGAUGGCAAAUUGGAAGAGGAGGCCAUCGCCUUUAUGAUUCCGGCAGUUUUAAAGAACGGGGUAGAGGAUGCUGAAGAUCUGUGGUUCGCAUUGGUAAUGCAGUCGCGUUAUCCCAAGUUUGACUGGGCCUCGGUGCUCCCAACAUGGAAGCAUGCUCAGCUUCUGCACCCGAAGAACCAGUCACAACUCAUCGAGCUUUUGAAGCAGUCCACGCACACCAGUCCCCGCAUUCACUCAGUAUGGGAUACCCUGCUGGAUCUGCUCACCUCAGAAUCCGCUGCCGGCAACACAGUGUCUCUGUCGGACAUCUGGAUCAAUCUGGACGAUGCACUGUACUCAUCCACUCAUGAGCGCAAGCAUCUGGGUCUUAACCUGUUCCAACGAGUGUUGGCGCGCGCCAAGCCCACGGAGAUCCCAUUUGUGUUCACCCCGCAACUUCUCCGCACCCUUAUCAACAACCUGUCGAAGCAAGACAACUAUCUGCACAAAGUGGCCAAGCAAACCGCGACAGCAUUGUCCAAAUUGGCGCAGGAACGGAAGGAAAUCGCCUUGCAGCUCGUUCUACAGCUAGUGGGCAAACACGGUCACCAGAGAUUCGACGCCGUGACAAAAACGAAAACGGUGGAGUCCAUCCUUGGCAGUCUCGAAGCUGCGGAUAUCAUUUCCUACGUUCAGUACCUGGAAGACCUCUUCGUGGACCAAACCGAGGAAGCCGCAGCGGAGGUUCCCUACGUGGACUCACACAGACAUUGGGUCUUGGAUCAGAUGUUGCAACUGGUUCGUAAUGCAAAGGUGCCGAAGGAGGAGAAAUGGGUGCAGUCUGUGGCGCGGUUCAUCUGCCUCCACGCUUUCUUCGACGUGACCAAAGCCGAUGCGAAAAAUUCUUCCAUCAAACCCGCUCAGCCUCCAUUGUCGGAGGCAACAAGGACAUUGUGCCAAGAGAAGCUUUUUGCGCUUCUUGGAGCGCUCGUCGCUUUGCAGCUGAAGAAUGACGAGGGCAAACCAUUGCACGCUGGAUGCUUGAAAAAUGGCGAGCUCUGGGCUCGUGAUUUGCACGACUUUGUCCAGGCAAUGCAGAAGAGCAAGCACGUCACCCUUGCCGUUGGAAUUGAUAACGAAGCGAAGGCGGCACUUGACAAGACAGCGAAGAUUCUUUCAGAAAUCCGCGUGGAGCUCAAGAAGUUGGAUGGCGCACAAAACCGGGAUUUGCAAGCUCAAUACAAAGCUUUUGAGCUCAUCCUGGUUCACGUGUCUCUCCAAGUGUACACUGACCCUGAGGAAACGGUCGGCGUGUUGACGGAAUUGGAGAACUGCUAUACCCUGCUGUUCAACUCCAAGAGAAAGGCGAGCAAGAAGCGCAAGAACGCUGACGAUGAUGAGGAAGAGCACGAGCCUGUUGAGGUCCUCCUUGAUGUCUUGAUCAGUUUCCUCGCCAAGCCCUCUGCUCUUCUGAGGACACUGUCGCAGGAAGUCUUCAAGGUGUUCUCCAGCAAAUUGACCAAGAAGGCCCUGGACCUUAUGUUCGAUGUGCUCACCGCGAAAGGAGGUGUUGCUGGAGCUCAGGAGCUCUUUGAGGAUGAGGACGAAGGAGAGGAUGACCACAUGGACAUCGACGGCCAGGAAAACGGGGAAGUUGCGGGCGAAAGCAGCGAAGAAGAAGAUGACGAUGAAGACGAGGAGGAGGGUGACGAGCAGGACAACCCCAAGGUUGAUGAGGAACUUCGCCUGAAGAUAAAGGACGCGUUAGGAAGCGCAGCUGUGGACGGCGAUGCAGACGACUCGGACGAGGGCGAGUUUUUGGAUGACGAGCAAAUGGGCGAGUUCGACUCGAAACUUGCGGAGAUCUUCAAGCAGCGGAAAGAAAUCAAGAGCGCAAAGAAAGACCUCAAGCAGCAAGUGCUUCAUUUCAAAUUCCGAGUUGUGGAUCUUUUCGACCUGUUCUUGCGGAAAGCUCCACAAAGCCCCUUGGUCGUUGAGAUGAUCAUGCCGCUUCUGAAGCUGCUUACGGCCACUGCUCGGAGUGCUGACGAUCAAGGGCUCCACGAGAAGCUCCACGCCUUAGUCAAGAACAGGCUAUUCAAGCUGAAGGAGAUCCCCACCGAGCCGUCCUUGGACGCCGACCGCGCAGCAGCAGUGCUCACCGAAGUCCACGAGUAUGCACGAAAAGCAGCGGACUCUGAUACAGUCAGUCUGUGCUCAGGAGCGAGUCUGCUGUUGGUGAAAAUCUUGAGCCAUUGCAAGGAACCUGUCGCUGCAUCAGCGUUGACACCGAAGAAAACACCGAAGAAGAGGAAAGUGGAAGCGGACUCUGCUACAACCGUUAAGCCUCUCAGCCGCGUUGCCACAGCCUACGCAGAAUCCCUGACGAACUUCAUGGCCACAAAAUCCCGUCUCAAACCUGUAUUCUUCUUGGAACUUGUCAGUCGUUACCCGGCGUAUGGCUGGGAAUUGAUGCCCAAGGUCGUCGAGCUGGCAGCUCCAUCUGCCGGGGCAAAGGCGUACCCUCUCGGCCAGGCAUACACCAUAAUUUUCCGGCUGGUCACGCAGAUGCCUAAGAAGGACGAAGCUGAACGGAUCGAGACCAUCAGGCAGGUGUGGCCGAAGUUUGUGGAUGAUGCCAUCGCGACGUUCAAAGAGGCCUUAGAGGAAGGAAACGCGAGGACCUUGAAGAAGGAGCGGACCAAGGCAUUGGUGAAGGAGCUGGUAGCAAUGGCGAGGAAGACUGUGCACCUCUUCAAGAAGGAGGAGAUUGCAUCCCUCUGGAAAGUACCUGAUCUGCAAAAGCAACUCAAUGUAUUGUGUGACAACGAGAAGUUUGCAACUGGAGCAUCGCUAAAGGGGCAAAGAGAUCAGUUAUUGAGUAUACUGAAAGGGGAAAGUGGGAAGAAAAAGUGA